AUGGUCACUUCCUCCCAGUCUCCACAGACUGAAAGUAAACCGAACAAUGAAGUAGAGACUUUCAUGGAGCCUGUACAAAUGAAUUUAGAUCAAUCCGGGGCCCCCAUUGGAAGAGUAGAGCUAACAGGAACAGAUGUUCUUGUGAAGAGGAAGAGGGGUAGGCCGAGGAAAUAUGAAAUGGUUGGUGAGGGAAAUGUGGUGCCUUUAGUAUCAGCAUCACCCGGUACAUAUUCGGGUUCAUAUUCUGAGAGCUUACCGAAAAGAGGAAGAGGACGACCUAAAGGUUCCGGUAAAUUGCAGCUCUUGUCUCCCCGUGGUGGGUUGUCUGUGGAUCCGGCCGGAGGAGGGUUUUACACUCAAGUACUGACUGCUGAGACUGGAGAGGAUAUUGUUCAUAAGAUACUUUCAUUAUCUGAAACGAAUCCUCGAUCACUUUGCAUUCUUACUGCUACUGGUGUGGUUUGUAGCGCCGUCAUACGCCAACCUAGUUCUUAUACUGCGAUGGAUGCUAUAUAUAUUUUUAGGUGUGACAUCUUUAACACAACUCGAACUCAACACGAAGGCCGCUUUCAGAUUCUUACUCUAUCUGGAUCAUUUGUAUACGAUGCAACGCAAAAUCGACGAGGAAAAAAUGGUAUGUUAAGCGUUGCACUGUGCCAUCCUGAUGGGAAUAUUUUUGGUGGUGCUGUUGCAGGCGAAUUGAUAGCUGCUGAGCCUGUUCAAAUCAUUGCUACCAGUUUCCUGCAAGAAACCAGCACCAACACCAGCAAGGAAUUGACAAGGACGCACCCAGCUGAAUCUUCUACCUCGACUAGUAUGCUAGGCAAUUCAUCAUGCUUGGCAAUGGUUCCCUUACUAAUGCCUCCACCAACAAUAGUUCAUGAUGAGAGUUGCAUUUCGCCUACAUCUGCUCUCUUGGAAUUUCCAUCCCAUAGUGGAGCGGGUAAUGUCAUUGCUGCAAACCAUAACAUGAACCCUGCUAUGCUUCUGGGUUUUGGUCAGAAUGCCUUGCAGCCAAUGCCAGAUCCAACAACAUCUCCUCACAUUGACACCUUUAUUCCUCAGACAUAA